GACGGCGCAGGGCUGGGCCGGGCCGGGAGCCGUGGAGUGGCGGGGAGCGCCAUGGGGCUGGAGACGGAGAAAGUGGACACCCGCAUCUUCAUGGACGAUGACAACUUCCCGCGGAGCGGCAGCCCCGCGCUGUCGGAGGCGGAGAAGGGCGCGGAGGAUGAACUGGACCGCGACCCCCACGGGAUGAACGCCCAUCUCCAGGUGGGGUUCGAGGAUGUGAUCGCGGAGCCCGAGCUAACCCACUCCUUCGACAAAGUCUGGGUCUGCAGCCACGCUCUCUUUGAGCUCAGCAAGUACGUGAUCUACAAGCUCCUGACCCUGGUCCUUGCCAUACCCAUGGCCCUGGUUCUGGGGAUCCUCUUCGCACUGCUCAGCUGCCUGCACAUCUGGAUUGUGGUGCCUUUUGUGAAAACCUGUCUCAUGGUCCUGCCUUCAGUUCAAACUAUAUGGAAGAGCCUGACAGAUGUUUUCAUCACACCAUUGUUUGAGAGCAUAGGCCGAUUCUUUGCCAUGAUUAAUAUACGCCUGGACCAAGAGUAAACGUCAGGAAUGCAGCUGCUGUAGUUGUAGCCGGUGUUGUACCUCUUUGCUAACCUACAUACAAGCACUUGCCAUUCAUUCCAAACUAAAUUUUCAAUGGCUGGUUUAAGUGGGAACACGCUAAUUUUUCUAAAACUCAUCUAUUUUCAGGGAGAUCAGUUUAAGAAUAAGUAGGCAGUUUUCACAGCUCACUACUUGAACACCAGAGCAAACACUGAGUAUGUUGGCAACACUUUAUUUUAAUGGUACGUCAAUUGCUCGAUUACAGAAGGCUUCUCAUGGAGGUUUAACCACCACCAGUGAUAAUGAUUGGCAUUAUUACUAUAAAUAUUUAAAUAGGCUGUGAUACCUUCAGUGAAUCUAAUCUGGAGGGUUUCUCAUUGACUUUACUGCACGUCUACCAGGGAUCAUUUUUGGCACUCACUUUGCAGAAUGAUCAGCUCUUUAUUACCAGCAGUUAAAAUAAACUGUUGUGUAACUCUCCUAUAUUGGGGAGGAAAAGCUCCCUGGAAGUGUAUCCUUUAAAAUAAGGUGUUAGCUAAUGAUGAAGAACAUCAGCUAAUGAGCACGCUGGCCUAGUGGGAAGUGUGUCUGCCUGUGGCAGGGGGGUUGGAACUAGAUGAUCUUUAAGGUCCUUUCUAACCCAAACCAUUCUAUGAUUCUAUGAUUCUAAUCUGUAUAUUUUAUUUAAUGAGAGGGUAACUUUGUUGUAUAUUUUGUACCUUUGUAAAUGGCACUUGAUCAGUUUUCUUUGAAUACUUAUUUCUAUAGUAUUUGAAUUCUAACCAACUUACUAGGCAGCAAGACUGGGACACUGCAAAAAAUGCCUUCAGAUAAUGAAAUUUUCAGUUUCUAAAGUAUGUAGAUUUUGAAGUGUUGCCAUGCAAUUCUCUUAUAUUCAUAAUAUAUGGUUGUGUGCAAAACAAAAGAUUAGAAAUAUUUUAAUGCAAGGUUAUGCAAGAAUUUGAAAUAUGUUUAUUAAAAAUGGUUUUUAUUAAAAAUGGGGUGUAGCAAAUGCUACCCUGACUAUUUCUGUGUAUUUGUGCUAAUAUUGUGAUAUUUAAAAUGGUAGGCACUACUCUGGCACUUUAACUAGGUAACAAGUUCUUACACAAGGCAAGCAAGUAUCUGGUAUCCUUGUCUAAUUCUCCUCACCUGUUUACUUGACUCUGUUGCUUAUUUGCUCCUUUAAAGCCUAACCCAUAAAAAAACCUUUCUUCCUUCUGCACCUAAUAUGGCUUUGUAAACUAGAAUAACAUAACAUAUGCAGAGGUACAUUUAAAAUACAGUAGCCUUCUCAUAGGCUAAUGCUGCUGUUUUCUUUAAACACAGAUGACAAGUUGUAAUAGUUUAAUGUUUGUAUGAUUUAGAAUAUUAUUUUCUGAAAUGCUAUAACAGAUUUCUUAUCAAACAAGAUAUAUAAUAUAUAUAGUAAAUAAUAAAAAUGACCAUUCUUUCCUGUUUUCAACUUCAUUUUCUUCAGGUUUUUCAACUUUUAAAAAGCUCUUAAAAUGCCAAAUAGCAAAGAAUAUUAUGCAAUUCUUUCAAAAUAUAGGAGAGGGAAAAUAAAUGAAUGAGCAUCAAUAUGGUUCCACUAUCAUUAAUUGCAUUUAACUUAUUUAUAGUAGGAAAUUAUGUAUCUCUGUGUAUAAUUAAGCCUAAAUGGAAUGAUUCCUUUCUCUGAAGCAGGCCUCUCUGUGCAGAAUUUUCACUACACUCUUUCUGUGGGCACAUGCUUUAUUUACAGAUGAGAUGCCAAAUUUUCCUUUUCUUGCUUUUUGGCCUACAGCAGCUGGCUGACAGUGUAUUCUUCGGACAUUGAGAACAUGAAUGUGCAUUAAAAAUACUUUUACCAUUUGUGCCAUUUAUAGAGGGAUCCAUAUGGCUUUUCAAUAUUGGAUAUUAAUGAUUAGUGCCCAUGAAAACUUCUCUCAAGUUUUAUUCUGCAAGAAGUCAGCUUGCUAUUCAGAUGUGCUCUUCAAAAUACCUCAGUUUUGUUAAAAAUAAAUAUAUCUCAUUUGAAAAUAAAAAUUGGUCAGGCUAGGCUUGAAUUCCUUUGAGAGUUAUUUUGUUUUAUAAUAUCCAAGGAUUUUUACAAAGAUAUUUUCCAUAAAAACAUAUCCUCUUGGUGCAUUCAUCAAAAAAGGAAAAUCAAUCAGUACUAAUCCUUGUGUCUAAAAGGAGCCCUAUAAAAGUUUAAGCUUGCAGAGAAUUCAGGUCUUGAUCCAAACUUUGAGAAUGAAACCAUUCGCUAGAGAAAAAGGUAUCAUUUUAGGUCAUGCACUUCUUACUGAAGUCAUCCAGCUCUUGUGACCACAAACAAUCAAGUGUAAUGGUUUGGUUUGUUCUUACUUUGCUUUUGGCUUGUCAUUAAUUAGAUCUAUUGACCGUUUCUCUAGCUGUUACAAGACUGAGCUCAUAGUUAAAUAAUUAAAGCUGUUAUUUUCUUAUUUUACAACACUAUUUUUCUCUGGAACAGAUGUGCUUUUGCUAUAAAAAUAAUACCAAAUGGACUGCCAGGCUUAGGGUAAAAUACUAGAUGCUUGGCAAGUAUCAUCCAUGAAAUUAAUGGAAGAAAGUGAGAAUACAUACAGACUCAGAUACUUAAUUGUCAGUCUGCCAUGGGCAACUUUGGCUGGCAAGUUUUCUCUGGAUUUUAGGGACUGGACAGCUCUGACAGACAUCCCAAAGCUCUGCCCACAGCUGGUAUUGUCAAUAGCUGCCAGCAUGGUUGGACAACAGGGACUGAAGGGGCAUUGGCACUAAACUGUGAUUUUUAAUAUAGGGGUAGGUUCCUUAAGUUUGUUUCCAACUGGUUUGAAGUGUGGAGUUCAGAAACUUGAUCUCAUUUUCUGCAAUAAAUUAAGUAGAUUUACACCUGGCUGAAGCAAUCUGCUUUGAUGAGUCUUUCCCUUUAUGGAAUGGGGAAAAUGUUACUCAUCUUGACAAGAGUAGACUUCCUAUCAUCCUGGAAGAACAGGGAGGAUAAAUAAAUAAAAACUGUGAGAUGUUCUGAUUCCAGCCUGCCUGUUGUUCCUGCAGAGCUGGAUAUUCAAUUCAUGAAAGAUUUUAAUAUCUUGUUUUUCAUGAAGAUCACAAGAAAAACACAGAACUCACUCCAGAAUUGUGUUCACCCAUCUUUAAAAUUUUGAUUCACAGGGAAAUUUAACCUGCCUCUCCAUGAGAGUAAUUCAUAAAAUUAUUCUUGUCAGACUCUUGGACUUUUAUCUUUGUAUCUUACCUCUCCCCACCCUAAUUGUUCACCAUAUAAAUUGGAACAAAGUCUUUACAAAAACUUUGAUGUAUUAGUAAAUAAAGAGCCUUUUCUUACCUAUCCAAAAAAGGUCACUUAGGCAUACUUUUACUGACCAGUUCAGAAUAUCCCUGCAGCUCUGGGACAUCAGACCACACACUCCUAUUUAGUGGAAGCCAAAAAAUGGUAAGUCCAUUAUUUUUACAGGGUGUGAUCAUUCUCCCACCUGCAGAGAUAAAACCACUGAUGUUAAACUGUAUUAAUUCUCUUUUAAAAAUA